GGACGAGGCAGCAGCUACUAAGACGCGACGGCAGAGAGCGCAUAGCGCAGCCCGGUGCAGCCCUGGCUUUCCCCUCGCCACACGCCCGUGCCCCUUUCCGCGUCCGCAAUCAGAAGCCCAGCGCGGCGCCCGGAGCUGGACCCGCGCCUGCGCCGCUCCCGGGACCGCGACCCCGGCCGCCCCGCGAUGACCGCGACCGAAGCCCUCCUGCGCGUCCUCUUGCUCCUGCUGGCUUUCGGCCAUCGGACCCCUGGAGCUGAGUGCUUCCCUGCCUGCGCCCCCCACAAUGGAGUCUGCGAGGAUGGCAAUGUUUGCAGGUGCCAGCCUGGCUGGCAGGGCCCCCUGUGUGACCAGUGUGUGACCUCUCCUGGCUGCGCUCACGGACUCUGCGAAGAACCCUGGCAGUGCGUCUGCAAGGACGGAUGGGACGGGGAGCUCUGCGACAUGGAUGUGCGAGCUUGCACCUCCACCCCCUGCGCCAACAACGGGACCUGCGUGGAGCUGGGUCAUGGCAGCUACGAGUGCUCCUGCGCCCCGGGGUACUCGGGCAGGGACUGUCAGAGGAAGGAUGGGCCCUGCGUAAUCAACGGCUCCCCCUGCCAGCACGGAGGCACCUGCAUGGACAACGAGGGCCGGGCCUCCCACGCCUCCUGCCUGUGCCCCCCUGGCUUCUCAGGCAAUUUCUGCGAGAUCCUGGCCGCCAACAGCUGCACCCCCAACCCGUGCGAGAAUGAUGGCGUCUGCACGGACAUCGGUGGUGACUUCCGCUGCCGGUGCCCAGCCGGCUUCAUCGACAAGACCUGCAGCCGCCCGGUGACCAACUGCGCCAGCGGCCCGUGCCAGAACGGGGGCACCUGCCUGCAGCGCACCCAGGUGAGCUACGAGUGUCUGUGCAGGCCUGAGUUCGCGGGGCCCACCUGCGUCAAGAAGCGCGCGCUGGGCCCCCAGCAGGUCACCCGUCUGCCCAGCGGCUACGGGCUGACCUACCGCCUGACCCCCGGGGGGCACGAGCUGCCGCUGCCGGUGCCGCAGCCCGAGCACCGCAUCCUGAAGGUGUCUAUGAAAGAGCUCAACAAGAGCACCCCUCUCCUCACCGAGGGCCAGGCCAUCUGCUUCACCAUCCUGGGCGUGCUCACCAGCCUGGUGGUGCUGGGCACCGUGGGCAUCGUCUUUCUCAACAAGUGCGAGGCCUGGGUGUCCAACCUGCGCUACAGCCGCAUGCUGCGCAAGAAGAGGAGCCUGCUGCUGCAGUACGGCAGCGGCGAGGAGCUGGCCGUCAACAUCAUCUUCCCCGAGAAGGGCGCCGUGGCCACCUUCCGCCGGGAGGCAGGCGGCGAGCAGGAGAUCUGAGCCGCGCCCCCGGGCCCUCUGCCAGCGGCCCACCCAGCUCCCUCUGCGGUCUGCCCUAAUCUUUGUGGUGGAAUUGGCUGUCCUGUGUUGAACCUGGUGAACGCUGCGCUUGCGUGUACCGUCUCUGUGCUGCCGUGUGACAAACGCGUUGCCAAAAGAACCCUCUUUCUCUCUCUAUUAAUGCAUGAUAAAGAUAAUACGAAGAAUUUCCUCUUUAAACAAGUAAAAGAAAUAAGUAUGUUAUUCUAAACUCUAAAUGUAAUGAAAUAUCAAAAAAUACCAAAAAAAAACAUGGCAACAGAACCAGGACGUGGUGCCGACGCCCCUCUGCAGGGGUCUCGGCCGCAGGGUCCUCGUGCAACCGUUACGAGUCCAGUGCAUGACCGAUCACUGUGGAAAGGGCUAAGAUCUCUUUCGUUCGUUAAUUCUCACACGCCACAUCCAACUCGCACUCACCUCGAGCCAACACCGCAACCCUUCGAUCUUUCUGCUUGCUUUGAGAUUUUGCAGAGUGCAGCGGCUGUGUGUCAGGCAGAGAGCGCCCAGGCUGGCUGCCGGGGGGCCGGGACCAUCCCAGCCCUGCCACUCCCUCACCGCCUGAUCCUUGGCGAGGCCCCAUCCCACUCCUGGGCCCACCUUCUCGCCCCUCUUGGGCGGGGUUUGAACACCCACCACCAAGGUCCUCUCUGACUCUAAAACUUUGAAUUAGGAACGAGGGGAUUGAACCAAAAAUGUUUUCUGACCCAAGAAACAGGAUCUGAGGGAGACUAAGUCUCAGCCCGGGUCCGAUGGUCUGGCCUAUCCUGGAGGCUCACUUGACCUGCUGGAGCUGAUCCCACUGCGUGUCUCCAAGGGGGAGCCUCCCUCACCCCCAC